AACGUUCAUAAUAUUAAUUUUUAAAAACCGAUUAUUUCAUUUUUUUCAGUUUUUAUUUUUAAACGAUCUAUACUUCUAAUCGAAACUCUGCGAAACAUUUAGAACCUUUAAUCAGAAGAAAGAAUGUGGUGAACAGUUCAUUCUAUCCUGAAUGGGUUAUCGUCUUUUUGUUUACCUUUCUAUGUUUUGUUGUGAUGAAAUUACUCGAGUAGCUGGAUUUUGAACAAUCUAAAUGAUUGUCUAAGAGUUUUUACUAAGAAAAACAAUUACUUUUUUUGUAAUUUUAAGAAAUAACGCUUUAAAUUGAUACUACAUAUAAAACAUGCUGAAGUCUUUAGAGCAGUUGCAGUAUGGCAUGAUUAGUCCUAAAUCUUUUCAAGCUGCCUCUGCUAUGAACAGAAUAUUUGAUAUUGAACUUAGCACAAGUUCUAGGAUUGAAAGAUUUCACAAGGCUGGUGUGAAUUGUUUGGACAUCGACAAAAUAGAUGAACGAUAUUUACUUUCUGGUGGAAGCAAAGGUUCCCUUUGUAUACAUGAUCUGCAAAAUAGUACUGGAAAGUCAUCUUACAAAGCAAAGGUUGUGUGUCAGAAAAUGAGUGCCCAUAAAUUCAGUAUUACUACAGUGCAGUGGUUUCCAUUUGAUACAGGAAUUUUUGUCACUAGUGGCAUGGACAACAAAUUAAAAAUUUGGGAUACAAAUUCCAUGAGGCCUGCAGACAUAAUAUCUUUUGACUUUAAAGCUAGUUGUCAUGAUAUGUCACCUGUUUCUACGCAGCAUUCCUUAAUUGCUGUUGCUCUUGGGUACCCACAUGUUGUUCUGAUUGAUCCUAAAACGGGUUCUCGUUGCCAUGAGCUACGUGCGCACAAAAAUGCAGUUACGUGUACCAGGUGGUCCCCGACUUGUGAAUAUCUUCUCGCAAGUGGUGGCAUUGACAAUAAAAUAUUUUUGUGGGACAUCAGAUCAGCAAAAGGUUAUCUUCAGACUCUGGACCAACACAACGGUUUACAACACGGAAGCAAAAAGGACUUAAAAACUGCCCACAAUGGAGCAAUAACUUGUUUGAAGUUUACAAACGACGGUCUUUACUUAGUGUCUUACGGAACUGAUAGCCGAAUCAGGCUUUGGGAUGUUGCCAUGUGCAGAAACACUCUGGUCAAUUUCGGGAAACUGUUCGAUAACACGCUAAUGCAAUCGCGGUCUAUGGACUUGUGCAACGACUCCAAUCCUCCUAUCCUGUUUGUGCCUAACAGUAAAUCAAUCCAUGUCUAUGAUCUCUUUUCUGGCUGCAGAAUCAAAACUUUGAUCGGGCAUUUCCGUACGGUGACCAGUUGUGCUUUUAGAUCUGCGACGCACGAGCUUCUAAGUUCUGGGCAAGAUAUGAAUAUAUUGUUGUGGACUCCUGAUACAGCUAGAGAGGAAGAGGAAACAUUAUCUCUGAAAAACUCACAAAAUGAUGCAGAAGGUAGCCAAAUAGUAGAUUCUGAUAAUUGGUCUAGUGGGGAAGAUUAACUCUUUAUACAAAUCUUAUUUCCUUAUAAGUCAGCAUGAAACUCAAAGAGUGUUCCUAAAGUUAUAAUAGAUAAUGUAAAAUGCUGUAUUCAGGGUAUCUGCGCUCCU